GAGGGGACAAGGUGCAGGUGCAGGGAGCUGCCCGGCUGUGCCCGUGGGGCCCAGAGCCCGGUGGGGUGGGGGUCACAGGUGUGAGGGCACAGGUGUGAGGGCACAGGUGUGGCGAGGGCACAGGUGCGGCGAGGGCACAGGUGCGGUGAGGGCAGGGGUGUGAGGGCACAGGUGUGGCGAGGGCAGAGGUGUGAGGGCACAGGUGUGCUGAGGGCACAGGUAUGAGGGCACAGGUGUGGCGCUCCCACAGCCCCCACCCCCCGCCCUUGGGGCCGGGCUGCCAGCCCCUGACACGCCAGUCAGCUCAAGUCCCCUGCUAAGCCCGGGCCCUCUUGGAGCCUCCAGGCCGAUGGCCAGUCUGAACGCGUCCCUCUCCUUCUUUGCCACCUUCGCCCUCUGCCAGGUGGCCAGGAGGGCGGCCAAGGCCCUGCUCCCCGGGGGCACCUACGCCCACUCUGCCCGGGACGUGGUGGGCGCCACCCAGCUGGGGGCCUGCUGCCUGGAGAUGCCGACGCGGGUGCACGUCUGCCCGUGGGCAGGGGGCUUCGGCCCCGACCUGCUGCCGGCCGCCAUCCUGCCCCUCCUGGUGCACGGGGCCCCCCUGGACGGGGCCUCGGCCGAUCCCGCCGUGUCCCUGCAGGAGUUCCUCCUGGCCGGGGCCUCUCUGCCCGGCACGCUGCUGGACCUGGCAGCCCAGGCGCCGGGCAUGCGGGAGGCCUGUGCCCUGACGCGGCCCUGCCGGGUCUGGGGGCUCCGCGACGUGCGCGUCCUGCAGACCCUCAUGGCCGCGCACCGCGGCUCGGCCCUGCGCACGGCCGUCCGGCGCGCGCCGGUGGAGGGCUCCCGCGCCUUCCUCCCCUACCUGACCCUCCUCCGCGUCCAGAGCAGUCAUCCCGUCGACAGGGUGCCGGCCACCAGCAUGGCCUACACGGCUGGGCCCCUCACGUCUGCCUUCUUCAACCCCGCCCUGGCUGCCUCGGUCACCUUCCACUGCUCGGGGCACACACUGCUGGAGUACGCCCAGGUAUACCGGCUGGGCCCUCUGACAGGUGAGGGGCUCAGGGGUCCCUGGGGGCAGGUGGGCAAGGCCAGCCCUGGGCGGUGGCUCUUAUCUGGGGGACAGGAAUGA